AUGUUCGCCUUGAUCGCCAUGAUGUGUGUGACGCAUGUUGGGUCCCAAUGGGUGGACGCCCGCGGCCUCUUCACAGGAAGUGGAUGGUUUCAAACAAGUGCAGUGUCAUAUGGUGGCUGGAAAAUUGUGGUCGCAAGACACGGCGAGAGACCGUGGAUCAGCUUCGAUGGUGGGUCAUCUUUUGCUGCAAGCACCGCUGAUGCUGUAUCAUGGAACAGCUUUAGCAUGUCAUGGGAUGGGACCACGAUUGUCGGGGGAGCCGGUGGGGAUUACAUCCAUAUCAGCCGUGACAGUGGAUCAAACUGGAGCGUGGUUGACCCCGCCGGAGGUCCUAUGGGCUGGACAAGUGUCAGCUGCUCCGAAGAUUGUUCGGUCAUCGCUGCAGUCGCAGGAGGUGGCAACAUUUGGACGAGCACUGACGCAGGGACAACUUGGACCGAAGACUCAAGCGUUGGCAGCUCCAAGGACUGGCAAUCCAUCGCCGUCUCUGGAGACGCUUCGAAGAUUGUGGCCGUUGCGUUGAAUGCCAACAUAUGGCUCAGCACCGAUCGUGGUGCGACCUUCGUGGAGCAAGCCGUCGGCACAAACGAGGAAUGGACCGAUGUGGCCGUAUCAGCAGACGGAAGCAAGAUGAGCGCAUCUGUUCGCAACGGCGGCAAGCUUUGGAGGAGCACCGACAGCGGCACUAGCUGGUCCCAGUUGUCUGUGAAUGCGUCCGAUCUCACAUCCUUUCUUCGUGUGGACAUGUCAAAUUCUGGAAGCGUGAUGGUUGCCAUGCACGUGCCUCCUACCAAUAGUUAUCUGUUGGCGGUCUGGAAGAGCACUGAUGGCGGCGACACCUGGUCGGAGGAAACAGGUUUCUCACAGUUUGGUUUCUCGCACGAUAUGGACCAAAUUGCCAUGGCAGGUGAUGGCUCCAAGAUUGUUACGUUGGGGGGUGGGGGUGCGGUGGCGGUUUGGACCGGGCCUGCAGCCGAGACCUCCACGACAAUUACAUUGUCGACAACCUUGUCGUCAACAACCUCGUCGUCAACAACCUCGUCGUCAACAGCCUCGUCGUCGACAACUUCCUCAUCAACAGCUUCCUCAUCGUCGUCAACAACGUUCUCGACGACCAGCUCCACAAAAACGGCUACAGCUACCACAGCGACCUCCACAACCUCGUUGACGGUCACAGAGACCACGCAGACAGUUACAGAGACCACGCAGACGGUCACAGAGACCACGCAGACGGUCACAGAGACCACGCAGACGGUCACAGAGACCACGCAGACAGUUACACAGACCACGCAGACGGUCACAGAGACCACGCAGACAGUUACAGAGACCACGCAGACGGUCACAGAGACCACGCAGACGGUCACGGAGACCACGCAGACGGUCACGGAGACCACGCAGACGGUCACAGAGACCACGCAGACGGUCACAGAGACCGUGACCGAAACGACAGCAGCGCUGGACAAAGCUAGCAACGGCCUGGGUCUGAGCACAAACUGUAUGGUGGCACCUUUGCACUGUUGGUGCCCAUGGAGUUGUAUGGAGGAGCUUUGUGUUGUCUUCUGGGAGACUUCCCGUCCGUGA